AUGUUUGCUCGCUAUAAGCUCGUAUCGUCAAGCGACAGCGCUUCGGAACAUAGUCCGGAUCCCGACUCGACACGCGGACGAUUCUACCGAACUAUAGCACUAACAGUGCUUACAAUCGCCAAUGUCUGUGUACUAGGCUUGUCCAUUGCUAUCUGGUACACCACACCUACCAGCCUUGCUUCGCCCAACGCCCCCGAUGCACAAUCCAGUGAACUUGCUAGAGUAGAGUCGCUUCCCAUCGAUUUCGUUCCUUUCUAUUGGAAUACGCCAUGGGGUGCACCUAACGCCUCGGAAGCUGAUCCGCUGUGGGACAACAUCAACACUGCACACGGUCAUAUCGCAGUGGACCAUGAGUUCGCGGCAGAGAACCAUUGGCCUCCCUCCAUGGACAUACCCGGAAAGCCUGGUAAAGGAUUGUAUCUCCUACAGGCCUACCAUCAACUCCACUGCCUCCGUAUUGUUCGCGCCGCAUAUUUAACUCUAAAGCGCCGAGAGCUCCCUAUCUUCCCCUCGGAUCACGUCUUGCAUUGCUUUGACGCCCUCCGCCAGCACAUCAUGUGCCACGCGGACAACACUCCGCUCUAUGGUCAUGGCCAUGGGACAGCUGGUGACGGGCAACUACACCAAUGCCGGGAUUGGAACGCGCUUAGGGAUUAUGCAACAAAGAACACAGCGUGCUUUCGCGAUGGCGAGCCUGGUAUGAGUUUUGAAGACCGGUUUGGGGUGUGUGAUGACGGAACAGAUGGCUUAGAGGAGCGUGUGCCAGUACUGGCAGUCUCAUAA